GGAGCCUGAUUGGCUCCACACCCUGCUCCGCUUCCAGCUCGGCGUUUCCUCCUCCCGCGGCCAGGUAAAGCCUUCCCUCGGCCAGGUAAACCCUUCCCCACCCUCCACCGGCCUCCCACCAGCGCACCUCGCUCCUGCUCGCCUCGGGUUUUUUUUUUUUCUUCCUUUCCCCUUCCUUUUCCCCCCACUUUUGCCCCUUUUUCCCCGUUUUCCGGGCCGGUCCCCGCUCGGGGGGAUGAGCAGCGGGCUGGUGGACGCCGCGGUGUUGGCACCGCUCAAACCCGUCAGCAUGUCCGGGGACCCCCAGGAGGACACCCCGGUCUUCGAGGACAUCAAAGCCCCCUCCCGGCCCCUGGAGAACCCUCCCGACCUGGCGCAGCUGCACCCCAUGAGGAUGGACCAGCGGAUGCCACCGCUCAUCCUGGAGGCGCGCUCGGAGAUGGACAAGUACCUGUCCAGCGAGGUGCCGCCCGUGCCGAUGCUCCCGGACAAGAAGUACCGCCGGGAGAGCGCCUCGGUGGUGGACGAGUUCUUCUCCACGGAGAAGCCCAGCUCCACUCCCUACAGCGUGAACAUCAAUGUCAUCCUGCCCGACACCACCCACCUGCGCACGGGGCUCUACCGGCCCCCCAAACCCAUGGCCCCCUUCCCGCAGAUCAAAACCGAGCCCGGCACUGGCUUCUCCCAGCCCUGCUCGUCCUCCUCCGGCCCCACGCAGACCCUGCCCGACUUCACCAGCGUGUUCAGCAUGCCCCAGUCGGUGGCGGUCAACAACAUCUUCAUCAAGCAGGAGAUGCCGGCCGAGAUCCCCUUGUCGGCCCACCCGCAGCAAUCCCAGCUCUUCCAGCUGCCCCUGGGCGCCACUGGAACCGACAUCCCCACCCUGGCGUCCUCCUCCAGCAGCACCACGGCCAUCAGCUGCCUCAGUGGGGUCACCAUGUCCACGGGCUCGGUGGCCAGCAUGGCACACAGACCCGUGCAGCCAGCGGGGCCCCUCAAGCAGUACCCACACGUGGCCCAGGGACAGGGAAGCUUUGGGAACAUCCCUGGGCAGUUCUACCCCGCCCCGGGGGUGACUCUGCCCCCCUCGCCCCCCAACUCGCAGCCUGGCAGCCCCGAGAACCAACCCGAGCUCAUCAACACCAUCUCUCCCCCGCCGUCCUACGAAGCCACUUUUGGACUGAAGCUGGUCCAGUCGUCCCAGAUCCCCCCAGGUCCCAACGGCGUUGGGGGCCUCUCCCAGGGCCACGUUGUGAUGCAGCCCCCCAAGUACAACCGGCGCAACAACCCCGAGCUGGAGAAGAGGAGGAUCCACCACUGUGACUUCCCAGGUUGCUCAAAGGUUUACACCAAGAGCUCCCACCUGAAGGCACAUCAGAGGACUCACACAGGUGAGAAGCCCUACAAGUGCACGUGGGAGGGCUGUGACUGGCGCUUCGCCCGCUCGGACGAGCUCACCCGGCACUACCGCAAGCACACGGGGGCCAAACCCUUCAAGUGCCUGGCGUGCGGCCGCUGCUUCUCCCGCUCCGACCACCUGGCCCUGCACAUGAAGAGGCACCAGAAUUAGGAGCCUCCCUUCCCACUCCUCCGAGAGCAGCUCAAAGUCUUCCCUUCUCCCAGGGAAGGACCUGUACAUAGGAACGACCCCGCGCCGCGAUGAUCCGGGGCAGCGGCAGAGCCCCUGCCAGCCCGGCCCCGACCCUGUCUGGUUUUACAAGAGACUGAAACCCACCCAGCUCAUUUCAAACGGGCCCUGACUGCAGGCUGAUCUCCUGACCAGGCUCCUGGUGGCACCGGGGCGAUGGAGCUUGCGUUCCCAAGGGCUUUCUUCUGGCAAUCCUGCUAUUUAUUUGUCACUCAGGGGUGACUUCGUGUCUCAAGGACUUUUGGGAUGGGUGAGGCCCGGGAGGAUGUGACAGCUUGGCUGUGACUGGUCUCACUUGGACUCUCUUGGACAGUCCCAUGGCAAAGCCAUGGAUGUGACACUGUGUGACCGAGGAUGUGACACUAUGUGACCGUGGACAUGGCACCUGUCCCAUGGUGUGACCAUGGAUGUGACACUGUGUGACCAUGGAUAUGACACUGGUGGUACCAUGGAUGUGGCACUGUCCCUCAUGGUGUGACCAUGGAUGUAGCACUGUCUCCGUGGUGUGACCGUGGAUGUGGCACUGUCCCCAUGAUGUGACCAUGGAUGUGACACCUGUCCCAUGGUGUGACCAUGGAUGUGGCACUGUCCCCAUGGUGUGACCAUGGAUGUGGCACUGGUGCCAUGAUGUGACACCACAGAUGUGACACUGAUGGUACCAUGGAUGUGGCACUGUCCCUGUGGUGUGACUGUGGAUGUGGCACUGUCCCCAUGAUGUGACCAUGGACGUGACACCGGUGCCACGCCAGCACAGGAGCCAUGCCCAGGACUGUUGGGGGUGACAAUCCCAUCUCUGUGGGGGCACAGAAGAUCAGACCUGUGACAAACUCACCCUUCAAACAAGGGGCAGCACAAAAGCAGGUGACAAAAGCGUCACCUGUGUCCCACUGAGCCCAUUCCUGGCAGCCAGCUUGGGACUGCCAAGCCCUGCCCUGCCUGGCCAGGUUUUCAUGGUUGUGUCCUUAGCAUUUCUGCUUCCAAGAGGAAUUUGGACUCCGGGUGUCUCUGGGAGGACCAGCGUGGGUUUGAAGCCACCCCAGGGGACAUCAACUGCUGAAGGUCUGGUGUCCCAACAUCCACCAGUGGUGCCCUUCUCCAAAAUCCUCCCUCAAGGGCUCGGCGGCUGCCGGUCCCACCGGGCCUGUGCUGUUGCCAUUCCAUCUGAUGGGAGGGGGAAAAAAAAAAUAAUAAAAAAGGGAAAAAAGCAUCUUGGAAACAAAUUCCAAUAAAUCCUGCUGUUCAGAGUGGAA